AUGGCUGGGUUUGGCAUUGCUGAUCGAAAUGCAAACGAUGAGGUGACGAAAUUUCAACUUGGACGUUACGUGAGUUGUAAUGAGGCAAUUUGGCGGCUGUUUUCAUUUCCGAUUCAUGAAUGUCAUCCGACUGUCGUACAUUUGGCAGUUCACUUGGAGAACGGCCAGCGUGUCUACUUUACGGAAGCAAAUGCAGCGCAAAGAGCAGAAUGA